AUGGCGACUACAACUAAAACGAAAAAGAAGAAAUUAGUUUAUAGACAAGAUCCCGAUGGGGUAUUUCGAUUAAAGAAAAUAGACGACAACAAUUCUAUAAAAUCAGUUGAUUUGGCCAAUAAGAAAAAAGAGGUGGAUAAUUAUUUAAAUGAAUUAAUUGAUUGUUCUUAUAGUAUUGUUGAUGAUAUUCCCGAUAAGGAAAUUGCACGAGAAGAAGAAGAAGAAAAAAUUAUCCACGAAAUCCCAAACCCUCCUUCUACACAACCAGAACCAGAACCAAAACCAACAACAAUUAAAAAAGUUAAACCAACUACUGUAAAUACUUCUUCGAAAAAUCUUACGAUCAAGCCAGCAUCCACUCCGCCUCAACCUGCUGUUGUUAUUACUGAAAAAAUAGCGGAGUCUAAAACAUCUCCACCUACACCACCUACCACACUUCCAGAAGCACAACCACCACAAGAAGAAAAUAAAACCCAGGAGCAAGAAACACCAAUAACGAAAAUUCCAUCCCCUACAGAUUUUGUUACACACGAAGAAACUGAAGAGAAUAUAGUAGAAGAAGUAAUCAUACCUGCAAAACCAUCAAUAAUGUCUACAAUACAUGAAUUUUUACGUUUUCAUAUUCCUAGUUUUGUUUUUGGAAUAAUAGCUACAGUUAUAGGAACUCGAUAUAAAGAUGAAAUUAUUUAUGGUGCAAUUGGAUUGACUGUACUUGCUACUGGUUUAGCAAUAGUGGGUGUUUUAGGAUUAUGUCUUUGUUUACAUCUUGGUUUGGUAAAACAAUCUGAUUUGAAAGUACUUGAUCGAUAUAUUGAUAUUUUAAAAUUUAGAGCAACAGAAGAAAGACCCCAAGAAAAGAUUGUCAUUAAUGAAGAAGUUGUGGCUGAACCGGAACCGGAACCAGAACCAGAAUCUCAACCAGUGGAAACUUCUGAAGAAGUUGAAAUGGAAGAAUUAGCUCCAGCUCCAGCACCACAAGCAGAACCUGAACCUGAACAAUAUGUUGUUCAUGACACUGAGGUUAUACGUGAAAUUCCUAUUGAACCACAACCUAAGCUUUAUCAGCCAAAACUCAAACGAAACCUGCAUUCAAAAACCACUCCUAUUCUUGUAAAGGAUCCACAAGAAACUGGAUAUCAACCAUUAGAGGAACCACAACCACCUAAACCCAGGAGGAAAUCAUCAACAAUAAGAGUCACUCCAUAUGUAUAUGAACCUAGAGAACCUCGAAAAUACAGUGUAAUACCUACUAGUAACACAAUUCCAUUACCAGGAGAUUCACCAACGAAAACCACUAAACAUAAACUUGUCCAUCCUAAACCAAUGUUACAAAGAAUACAAACAGAACCCAUUAAAGAAGUUUCAAGAAGAAAUUCUAAAAGAAGUACUGGGUCAGCAUCACCAACAUCAACAAGAAGUGAUCCAUAUUACUUAUUACAAAAUGCCCCACAACAUCAUCAACAUCAACAACAACAUAUUUUUAAAGAACGAACUCAUGAAAUACCACCACAAGUUUUCAAAACUAAAGAUUUACCUAAUUUACCACAUCAAGCUGAAGAAUUACCAUUUAUUAAUGAAGUAAGAUUAGUUGAUGCAGUAAGUGAUGAUGAAUCAGAUAUGAUAAUUCCAAUGGAAGCUCCUACGAGUCAUUAUACUGGCGGUGGUGGUCAUGGUCAUGGUGUUGAUAAUAAUAUUUACAGAAAUCAAAGUACAAAGAGUAAACAAAGUGUUUUAGGAACCAGAGCAAAUUAUAGAAGAUUUGUAUCUAAUGUCGAUAAUGAUUAUGAGUAUUAA